UGGCUUUGCAAUGGGAAUGCAGUUUUUAGAUGCUCAAGGUUGUAUUAAGUCAUUGUGUCCCCCGAGUGGACAAUAUCUGGCCUGUUCGUAGAAACUUCUUUAACUGGUCUGCUAAUCUCUCACAGCCUGCACAUCCUCAACGUCAAUACUGAGAGUCCAGGCUGUGCAGAUGCUCAAGGUGCAGUAAGAGACAGCGAUAAAGAGCCAGGUAAUGGAGCGAAGCAGAGGUGGAAACACUGCAGGGGUUCUGGUGUGGACGCCAGCCCCGGCGUACUCCUUUCCCUUAAGCCCAGAUGAGUCGGACUUCAGCUGGGGUGAAGACCCAGAUGAGGACUUCCAAAGCCGUAUGGAUGAGAAUGGCAUCAUUGGUCUGGCAGAGUGUCAGAGGCAGCUGGAGGUGGGAGCAGACGAAGAAAUUGCGGAAGACCUGUUGUGGGACAUAAAAUCCCCGGAGCCAGAGGAUGGCCCGCCGCCUGCACUGGAGGAGAUUAGCUAUCACCUGAGUGAGCUGCUAGAUUCAGAACCCCUCUCUCAGCCCACUGGAGAUGACUCAUUUCUGCAGGAAGAACAGGAAGCAGAUGAUGACCAGAGUAUUGGAUUGGAGGACUGGACUGAUGAGGAAGAUGAUUCAGGGAACCUAACAAUCCACAAGCAGGAAUUAAACACUUUCCCAGAGAGAGACAGAGCGUUAGACAUGACAGAUGAGGAGAUGGAGGAAAAAAACACAUGUGAAGAUGCUCAGAGACACAUGGACCAUUCAUUUUCCAAGAACCGCAACAAUAGCCCGACUUUAGAAAUCACAGAACAUUCUGAACAAAGUGAUUGUGAGGAACUCAAGAAAAACAAAGGGAGAUUUCUCCCAGCUUCACAUCUGUCCUGUAAAAACACUCCUAAUCCUUCCUUUUUUCCACAUUUGUCCUCAGAAGAGCUGAUGAAUAGUUGUGGGAUAGAAGCUGAGACUUUUCCAGAGCUUGCCCUCCCAGACUGCAUGGUGGAAUUGUCUCUGAGCAGUCACCAAAGCCCCACCCCUAAAAUGUAUCACACUGGUAGAUCUAAUGUGGAGGAAUUUAAGCCCAAGGUCACACCUCAAACUUCAGCCAGAAGCCCUGUGAUGAAAAUCAAAGCUGGAAAAUCAAACAAAGAUGGUGCAAGUGAAGACAAAUUAGAAAGAAGUUUGCACAGCCCCUCCCACAACUGCCAGCCUUCAGUGCCCUCUCCCAGAAAAACAAACCCUGAUUCCCAGAUGGAUUGUGAGGUUUCCAUUCUAGCACAGCUGAAAGCGAGCAGGUCCCCCUCAGACUUCUCUCCAACACAUCACAGUUUUUCAGCACAAAAGAGGCAAAGAGCCUCAAAAACAUCCCACACUGAUCCAGAAGACAUCAGGAAAGGUCAGCUGAGUCACCCCUUACCUGAUUUCUCCAAAGUGGAGCCGAGGGUUCGUUUCCCGAAGGGCGGAUACAAACCUCCCAAAAGUCGUAGUGCUGAUCAUGGCAAAACAUUACACCCUGAUCUUCCUGUAAUUUUCAAAUCCCCUGCUGAGAUUGUGAGAGAGGUCCUGUUAAGCAGCACUGAUGUGUCUCCAGGAAGUCCCUCCUCCAGUGGGAGCCACAAGCUUCCAAAGAGCACAUUUCCGGAGGAGUUCCGCUGCCCCCAACAGGCCAGCACACUGGUGCAGCAGCUACAGGAGGACUAUAACAGGCUGUUAACCAAGUAUGCAGAAGCUGAAAAUACUAUUGACAGACUUCGCCUGGAAGCUAAGGUGGACCUCUACUCUGAUCCUCCCAAAGCCAGUACAGCUAUCAUGUCUGGUGUCAUUCAGGAGGGGUCAAAAGUCAUGACGCUCAGCUUUCCACAAGCACAGAGGGCAGAGUUUGGUAAAGGCUCUACUCAACUGACACAGCAUAACUCAGAAAUGUCCAGAAAACCCUCUUCUCGCCCCUCGUCUGUGGACUCUGUCUCUUCCAGGAGGCCUGGAUCUAUUACUGCAGACCAUCUCAUUGAGACUCUGACCAAACAGACUCACAGAUUUCAGCUACAGGUUGAUGCUUUUGGAAAGCUUCUGAAGAAUGGCAAGCUAAUGCCAUGUGAACAAAUAAAGGGUCUCUCCACGCUGGCUGAGGGACAGGAGUCUCUGGAGAGGGCUUACCUGGACGCACGAGCCCAGUAUCAGAUGCUGCAGAAAUGCCAAGGCGGGCCUGUGAGCUUUGACCCUGACAGGGAACUAGAGGGUCAGAUCUUCAGAUCGGGGAUGCGAUUGGAGGAGCUGAAGGAGUGGAUGGAGCAAUUUGAACAGAACCGACCCACCUCAGAACCUCCUUUAACUCCGCCCCCACACACAGAUGUGUUGUCUGUGUCCAUGCAUGAGGCUGAACCAUUACCUGAGAGCCCACUGUCAGUUGUUCAUCCUCAGGCUUGUGUGGGUGUGGAAGUGAGUUCAGUGAGUGAAGAGAGUAAUGGAGACAGAGAGGAAGAUGAGAUUUUUCCAUCUCUACUUCAUCCUCUCUAUGACAAACACCAGCGUGUGGAGAAAGACUUCAGGAAUCUCAUGGACAGUUACCAGAGUUUUAAAGAGCUCCCCUGCCUGAUGGAAAGAAACGUCACUUUAACAAGCCAUGACUCUCUGGAUUCUGGUGACUCUCCUCCUCCCAGGAAUGAAAUUGCAGAUUAUAGACAACAACACAGGUCUACCAAUGACAGAGUGACGAGCAAAACUGCUCUGCUGCAACCAGCAACAGAUUGUGUCCCUCCCUCUGGCCCAUCUGUCAGGCCACAGGUGUGUGACUUUAUGGAAACUCGCCCAGAGGCUCUUUGCCACCCCUCACUGUUGCUAGGGCAUCCGGACAGAGAGAGAAAAACAGCAGGGAACAGGAGGACUCGCAGCAGCAGCAUGACCAGCCUGGCAGAGAGCGCAGAGCCUGGAAAUAAGGACUUGAAAGCAAAGGCCAAGAUUGUUAGAGCGCCCCCUCUGGAUGGGGUCAUGUCUCUAGAAACAGACAGUGGAUUCAUGGGUUCUGAGAGCAGUCAGCUCACUCCUGCAGCUCAUAGUUUUCUCCAGCAGAGGACAGUAGUGAGUUCCAUCAAGCCAUCAGCUCCACACAAGAGCACAGUAAGGUCAGAGUCUACUCCACCCUCUGGGCAGUCUUUGUGGAUUUCCCCCUCUCGCUCACAUCCUUCUCUGGAUCCUCCAGUACAACACCUCAGGGCAUCUGGAGGACACACAGAUCCUGUCAGGAGGAGAGGAAGGGAGGAAAGGUGUUCUGUUUCUACCCUUGCUACCUCUAUAUCCCCCUUUCAUUGGCCCGAUUGCACUCUACAGCCCUGGACGAGCAGCCUGACCAGCCAAUCAGAGCAUAGCAUUGACCAGGUCCAUUCUUUAUCUAGGGAGGAGAAAACUCUGAAUAACCACUACCCAAAACCAGCCAAUCAGCAGCUCUGCUCGCACAGAAUCCCUUCCCUCUAUGUGCCCUAUCACCAUGGCAACCACCACAAAGCCCACAGCUUUGACCAGCUAACAAAUCACCAAGAGGCUCUUCAGUCUCUUCAGCAGGAAGUGAACAAACUCAAAGAGAGACUAGAGGGAAGUAUGAGUCUCUCCAAACCUGCUCAUCCUGAAAGAGUGCCCUCUUCUGCCACGGAGAACAUAAAUGGUCACCCUCAGACGUCCACACCUCAGAGGCAUAAUUUAAGGCAUUCAGAGAGAUCAAUGAUCGGCAGGCAGAGUGAGAGAGGGAGGAAUGGAGAGAAAGAGAAAAAAGAGAGGGAAAACUCACCAAGACCUGCUGUGAGGCAGAGAUCAGCAUCUUUACCUCAGUAUCGAACUAAAACUGAUCUCACAACGGACUCUGAACAUGCCCAGUCUGAGCCAAGAACAUCAACAUUAAGACACAUACCAAUGUCACCUAUAAAAACACCAAGAGGAAGAAGACGAACCAGAGCAGGGUUUGGAUACCCCAUGGUGGACUGUACCAGGCAAAACGCUAGCUCAUCGACGGGCAGAUCGGAGGAGAGUGAUGAAACGGAGUCGAGCCGAGGGCCAGAACCAGCCUGCCCACACUGCUUGUCAGAGCGCACAGUGAGGAGCAGAAGUUCUCCACGUCUCACCAAGUCUUACUGUAGGCAUUGUCCAUUGUGUGGUGUUUUACAGCCCAGUCAAACCAGAGCCAGUCAACCAGCAAACCAGGACCCCGUCUCCAUCCCCACAAGGAGUCAGCCAAUGAGAUCCCAGCAGAGGGACAGAGUAGGCCUGAAUGUGGCAGUGGCUCCUCCACCUACAGUGCUGGGUGGUGUUCCUGUUGUCCCAUAUGUGCCAGUCUAUCCUUCAACUCUUUACGUCUCCAGCCCUCUAGCAACACAGGUGUACUCACAACCCUUUAACAUCUUAAUGAGUCCCUCCAGAGAUGAGAAGUCAGGGGUCAGAGGUCAUCGCAGAUGCUCUCUCUCUAUGGACCAUCAACAGAGUUCUCUAAACAGCUCUCUGAAUCGCUCCAUCACUGCAGCCAGAAACAUGAGACAGGUCUCGCAUCACAUGGCCCUCUCUCUGGCCUCAGGACUUCAGAACGAGAGCUUCCUCACCACGUCCUGCACCUACUGACACUUACAUUUACAUUUAUAUAUUUAGCAGAUGCUUUUAUCCAAAGCAACUUACAAAUAAAAAUUAAUACGACACAUAUCUUUCUGCUACACGGUUGUGUCACAUGACAAGAGAAGUGUGUGCAUUUUUAUUAGUUUACAUUUAAAGUGGUUUGACUGUGAUGGGCAGACGUGCACACUCUUACAUGGGAAUCUGUUGAAAAAUGUCUCGGGUGACGUGCUACCUUACAGAUUGUAUACAUACAGAAAGUUUGUACAUACAGUGGCCCAAAAAGUGUAUGGACACUUAAAGGUAUAGUUCAGCCAAAAAUGAAAAUUCUCUCGUCAUUUACUCACCCUUAUGCUAUCCCAGAUGUGUAUGACUUUGUUUCAUCUGCUGAACUCAAAUGAAG